AUGAAAUUAACAUUAACAUCAUUGAAAAAACCAAAUGAAAUCAAUUCAUUAUUAGAUAAUGAUGUUUGCAUUCAUGAAGGUUCAUCAUAUCAAGCUAAUAUACCUUUACUUAAUUCAAUAUCAUUAACAACAGAUCAUGAUGCUAUUCUUUUUUGGAAACCAACUGAUUUAAUAAAUGAUCAUGAUCUUAUGGAUUAUAUUGAUUAUGCUUAUAAAAAACAUCGUAUGAAUGAAGAACAAGCAUUAGCUAUAUUACAAAUAUGUAAAUAUAAAAUUUCAACAAGUAAAUUACUUAUGGAACAAUAUAUACCUGAAAAUGAUCAAUGGACAAUAGAAGAAAAAUUUCUAUUUGAACAAGCCUAUCAAUUUUAUGGAAAAAUAUUUUCACGUAUUAAACAAAUGUUACCAGAGAAAAGUAUUGCGGAACUUGUUCGAUAUUAUUAUUCAUGGAAAAAAACACGUUUAUAUCAAAGUCUUAUGGAUAAACAUGAAAAACAAUAUCAAUUCAUACCCUAUGAUGAAGAUAAUGAUAAUGAAAAAAAUAUAACAUCAGUAUGCUUAUUAACAAAAAAUUUGGAUAAUCAUUCAAAAAUAAUAUUCGAUCAAAAUAGUACCGAAGAACAAGAAUGUUUUAAUUGUGAAAUAAAAUCUAAAUUAAUGCAUUCAACACCCAAAGGUAUUCUUUGUGAUAAAUGUUAUAUUUAUUGGCAAAAUUCUGGUUUAAUGCGACCUGAAUCAUAUUGUAGUAAAUCAUCAAUUAAAAACGUUAAACAACCACCAAAAAAUAUGUCACUUGAUUUGAUAAAUUUAACAUCGAAUUCUAUUGAAAAAUUAGAAGAAGAUAUUCAUAAUGAAUUAUCAAUAAUACAAUUACAUAAUCAAUCUAUUGAAUAUUUAACAAAACAAUCAAGAGUUGAACUUGAAACAAUACAUAUACCAUUUCUAAUAAGUAAUAUGAAUAUAAAUGAAACAACAACAUCAACAUGGUCAACAGAAGAAAUUCUUCUUGCUAUACAAGCAUUUGCAAAAUAUGGAAAAGAUUUUCAUACUGUAUCACGUAUAAUUGGUUCAACAAAAAAUGUUCAUGAUGUUGAAACAUUUUUUUUUGAAUGUCAUGAACGUUAUCAACUUGAUAUGGUCAUAGAUAUUAAUUCUAAACCAAUAACAAAUCUACAAAAUAAACAAGAUGAUAUUGUUUUUAUUAGCCAAUAA